AUCAGCCUCCCUUCCAGGCUCCGCAUAGGCACGCUCCGCCCCGUCCGGGUCGGAGGCGGCUCACCCUACUACAUAAAGCAAGCAACCCAGCACCGUCGGCAACCAGGCCGCCUAGAGGCUGGACUCUGUGCACCCUUUUCCAACGGGAACUUUCAAGGAACGCCUCGCCCCGAGGGCCAAUUGAACCGGACACCAUGGACCCUACUGGACUCUCGGGCUGUUACUUCUGCCGUUGCUCCUGAUGGGGACCGUGCUGGGAGAUGGUGUUCAGGAGGCACCAGGAAACAAUGCGGAGAUCUGCCUCCUGCCCCCGGACGAAGGGCCUGCCGGGCCCGGAUCCCCAGUUACUACUACGACAGGUACACACAGAGCUGCCGCAAGUUCAUGUACGGGGGCUGCGAGGGCAACGACAACAAUUUCGAAACUUGGGAGGCCUGCGAUGAAGCUUGCUGGAGGAUAGAGAGUCCAUCAUUUUGCUAUAGUCCAAAAGAUGAAGGACUAUGCUCGGCUAACGUGACUCGCUAUUAUUUUAAUCCGAGACACAAAGCUUGUGAGGCCUUCACCUAUACUGGCUGUGGAGGGAAUGAGAAUAACUUUAUUAACAUGAAGGACUGCAAACAUGUUUGUGUAAAAGCUUUGAAGAAGGAAAAGAAUAAGAAGAUGCCAAAACUUUUCUUUGCUAACAGACGGCUGAAGAUUUGGAAGAGGCAAUUUUAACUUUUUUUUUCUAUAUUUCAUUUUGUGAAUGCUACUGCCUUUACGGUUAUAUCUGAAUAAUAUAUGAUAACAUGGGUAAAUGAAUCAUUAAUGAUUUACUUGCCAGUUUUUAUUGCUACAGGUUACUUUUUUUGUAUAUUUUUAUACAUAACCAGCUGCUAUUCAAAUGUGAAUCUAUUAUUUUUAAGUUACUGUUCACCUAUAUGAGGUUGAAUUCUUACUGUGCGUAAGAUAUAAAAGCAAAUAUGACUCACCCAGUUCUUGGGGUUGUUCUUCCUGAAAUCAGAAGGUGAUAGCAAUUGAAAAGCAGAAGACAGUAUAAUCGUGUUGUCUUAAUACACAUGAUCAUAAAAAGGACCAGCAAAUACAUUUCAUUUUGCAUUUAAAAGUUGAAUUAUAGUUUUAGGUCCAAGGAAACAAACCUGCGGAUUUAUCAACACUUGAGAAAAAUAUACAAGUGCUGUUAGGUAGACAUGAUUAACUUCUAUUUCUAUUGUGUCAUUUAAAGAUAAUAAAAUAACUUUUUUGACUGAAUAAAAAGUUUGCAAAUU